CGUGCGGUCGAGAUAGACCUACAUUAUAACUCUGGAUGACUCUCACCCCCAAGGUCUUGACUACCUCCUCUGCUUCUUUCCUGACUUCCUGCCACUGUCACUUAUCGGUUCUCCAUCCCGGUGAAUCUACCGUGUAUUUGCCGCCCUCGGAUCGAUGACUGGAAGCUCAGCCGGGGCCUCUUUAUGACUCAGACCAAGAACGCCCUAUAACCCAUUUGUUUAUUGUUUAUCGGAGACUUUUGGUUCGCGGGCGCCUCAGUAUUCGGUCUUUUGUCCACCGUUUGCCUCAAAUCCUGGCUUUAUAAUCCGAGGCCGCCACCCUGAUCCAGCUUCUACAUCAACUACCCCGUACUCUGAAACCACCCCUGCCUUCGUAUCCAACAUGUCUGAUUCUCUGCUUGAUAUUCGCCGCUCUGGCGUUGAUGCCAAACGGGCCCACGACCACAAGGCCAAGUGGGCGUACGGCAGCCGAUGUGCCCACUGUCGUCAUCCAGAUGUUAUUUCUUGCGCCCUGCCCAUGUCUCGGCCAGUGAUGCCGGUCACCCACUAUACAACGUUGACACGGGCGAUGCGUUUCAACCGCAAGGCCAAGACCAACCAGCACACCAGCGAUGCGAAGAUAUCCCUGCGUGCCGAUGUCCAAGAGGCUCUCGAUAGUGGUCCGUCGGAUUCAUCCAGCGAUGAUGUCGAUGACCCUGCGGCGGUGCAGGUCAUGGAUGAUUCUGACGGCAGGGAAGAGCUUCGUGACUAUGAAGCGUUUGGACAGACCAUACUCUCCGAUGCCGUGAGCAAGGCGGUCGAGAAAUUCGAGACCAAGGAGACGGAGAGGAUCGUCAAGGAGUACGAGAUCAUCUCGUACGAGAGCGAAACCGCCAUGGGCUAUCUGGCCGACGAUGACUUUGAGCUGGUCGAUCGCGUCCAGCUAUGACCUGUCCUUUGCAUUCUGGUAUUCUCUGGCGUCGAUCUUCCUUCCACAGUCUUGGCAUGGAGUUGGUGAUAUUUAUGGGUUCUCAUAGCAGUAUAUUGUUGUAUAUCACUUUUGUUCAGCCGUUUGUUGAUUC